AUGGCUGCCUCAUCUCCCAUCAUUGAGGUUUCCUCGUCUUCUCCUGAUAUUGCGCCUUUGAUGACACCCCUCUGCUCUCCUACUUCCACUCCCAAGUCGAUGCAAAACACCGUCCAUUCACUGACCCGCCAUAUCGUCAGCGCUGCGCAGUCUCAUGAUCCGUCCUUGACCACCGCCACAACCACGCUUGUGCCCAUUCUCCGCGGUGCGCUGCCCAUGCUGGUCGCCGCGCAGCCCCUCUUCCCCUCUACAUCUUGCCUGCUUGUCCGUUGUAGCAAGAAGAAAGGCACAAAGGACGUCCUAGCGGAAUGGCAAGGCCGGAAGCCAUAUCCACGCGGGCCCGAUGACGGACGGCUCGUCAUUCUCGACACCAUCAUUGCGACAGGCGACACAAUUCUGCACCUGUGCGACGAGAUUUCCCGUCUAUCUGGCGGUCGUGCAGAGAGGCAAUCCAUUGUGGUCUUGAGCUGCUAUGCCGCACCGGACGCCUUGCGGCGUAUUGCCAGCCAUCCCUUGGUGGGGUUGACGGUGGUUGCACAGCUGGCAGAAAGCUGCGACGAGGCAGGGUAUUUGAUCCCCUAUACUAAUGGAGAUAUUGGAGACAAGAUCUUCGGAGUGGCAGAGCAUGUCGACCCGCAACCCGUAGUCGCAGAGGGCGAAGACGUGGGUGCAGUUCAGGCUGGUGUGCAUGCCCUGUUGAUUAGCGGCGGUGGGCUAUGGCAUUUAGCUGCAGACGGCAUGGCGAUCGAACGGGAGAUCCGAUUCAAGACGUUUAAGCAAACUUGGGCUUUUAUGGAGCAAAUUGCUAAAGAAUCGGCCAAACACCGCCACCAUCCAGAAUGGAGUAAUGUUUAUAACAAGGUGGCUAUCCGUUGGACAACACACCAACCCCGUGGCUUAACCAAACUGGAUGUCACACUUGCUCAGCUGUGUGACGAAUAUAGCAGCCUUUAA